AUGCUAGCAGAUCACAAUCUCGCUGUUCAACUUGCCCGUGAGGACGACGAAAUCGAACGUGAACACCGUCAUUUAAUCACUGAAUCCCAGCCGACAUUUGAAUGCUCUAUCUGUAUGGAAAUGCGGCCACUCGACUCCGCUAUGCCCAUUCCAACUUGCACACACGUUUUUUGUCGCGGGUGCUUGAAGUCUCAUGUUGUUUCCAAGUUGGAGGAAGGACGUUACCCCAUAUUUUGUCCCAUCUGUUCCGCGGACAAGAAUAUGGAUCAGAAAGGAGAGAUCUCAAACACAAUGGCCGAGUCGCUUGGUUUAUCUGAAGAACAGUACGUUAUGUGGGAAAAGCUGAAUCUGGCCCAAUAUUCGGUCUGGAUUGACUGUCCACAUUGCGAAAAGUCCUCACUUGUAGAUCGAGAUGAUUUCCAGAUUAGUUCGGAGCUUCGAUGCCCGCUUCCUACGUGUCGCGGCAUGUGGUGCAAGAAAUGCAUGAAUUUUAUCGAUCCAUCUGCUGGCCCACAUUCAUGUGAUGGCCAAGCCGAAAUGGAUCGCUACAUCGCUACUGGAUCUGCCACAAAGCGUUGCCCAGGUUGCACCACACCUACGGAGAAAACUGAGGGAUGCAAUCAUAUGACAUGUUCGGUUCCUGGUUGUAACACGCAUUUCUGCUGGGUAUGCGGGAAAACGAUUGUUCGCACACAAAUCCAGAGCCAAGUCAAAUCAGCACUGGAGGCUCACUAUAGGAAGUGCAAACUGUUCCACUACCCGGCUUAG